UCGUAUAAAGUUUAGAACUCUUGCCAGCUUCCAGCCAAUAUAAUCACGAUAAAUGUCAUGAUUCUCAUCGACUGCAUUCAAGAGUAGCUAUUCUCUAACCCUCAACCUCAGCUUGAUAAUUUUUCGCUGAUAAAAACUGCUCAAUGUCACCUAGUCUGAUCAAACUAUGGCUGAUGAACGUAUGCCGGGUAUAGAAGACAAAUCGUCAAGAAAAUUAACUGCUGUUGAAAAGGAACUAAUACGAAAUAUUGAGAAGCUAAAUAUUGAAAGAGUAGCAAAACUCAAUAAGGUUCGUAGAAACAACAAGAUUACUGGACUUAUCCUCGGGGCUGGAGUGCUAGGAAUCUAUGGAUAUACUAUGCAUGCUAUAAGGCAAGAGACUUUCCUCGAUGAUUUUGACGAGCCUCAAAAAACAACACAAUAAAAUAUAGAGAAACACCGUAUGAUUUGCCCCUACGUGCAAAGGAUUAGCUUUCUUCAUUAUUUUCAUUAAUAGAUAGACAGGCAAUUGAUUGAUUGAUAAGUAAAC